GCUGUAGGAAGGAUUCAACCAGCGUGAUCAAAGUCUUGUUUAGUCCAUUUAUCAGUGAUUUUUCUGAAACAAAUCCUCAAAAUAUUAACAUAUGUAUUUAUUCAGGCACAUUUGUUACACAUUUUAAGGGGUUUAUGUGGUAGAAAUGCUAUAAAUUUCCUUCAAGAUGAGCAAAUCCGAAUCGAAAAGUGGUGGCAGCAAAGCCAAGCAGAAAGACAAAGAAAAGGAUUUGAAGAGACACUUCAGGCUCUCUCAUCAACUUGUUAGUCUGACUGGGAUCAAUUUCCAACGCCAGAGUAUCAUAGGGUACUCUGAGUUGACAAUCAUCCCUCUGAAGGACAAUUUGCGCUACAUUUACCUCAAUGCAAAACAGAUCCGAGUCUACAAAAUCGUUUUGAACAAUACCUAUGAGGUUCAAUUCCAGUAUUUUGACCCUUUCCUUGAAGUCUAUCAAACAGAUGAGAAUAAUGACAAAAAAUCUCUUGAUAAUUUCUCUCCAGCGCACUUAAAAGCAGCUCAAGCCACUGACAGCGACAGAGGACUUGGUGAGUUGCUGCUCCUUUUUCCUGAGGAAACUUGGCCACUUUUCCAAGAAGGGAGGCCUUUGAAGAUUGGCAUAGAGUUUUCAUUGGAAGAACCUAAGGCAGGACUUCACUUUGUCAUUCCUGAAGGCGAAGGCUCCUUGGCUGAGAGGGGGGCACACAUGUUUACCAGUGGUUAUGCCAACUCGUCUCGGUUAUGGUUCCCAUGCGUGGACACUUUUUCGGAGCCCUGUCCGUGGCGUUUUGAGUUUACGGUGGAUGAGUCAAUGAUUGCUGUGGCAAGUGGAGAACUGCUUGAAGUUGUGUACACACCUGACAUGAGAAGGAAGACAUUCUACUACUCAAUCACAGUGCCUACGGCUGCUCCACACAUUGGACUAGCAGUUGGACCUUUUGAGGUGUUUGUUGACCCUACUAUGCAUGAAGUCACCCACUUUUGUCUACCGGGAUUGAUGCCAAUUCUGAAGACCUCUGUAAAAUACAUGCACGAAUCGUUUGAAUUUUAUGAGGAGACUCUUUCAGCAAGAUACCCCUACUCUUGCUAUAAGCAAGUGUUCGUCGAACAAGCUGUGGAGGAUGUCCGACCAUACGCGACGAUGGGUUUGAUGAGCACUUAUUUGUUGCAUGGACCUCCAAUAAUUGAUCAAGUGUACCUAACACGUAAAUCAAUGGCCCAGGCUAUUGCUGAGCAAUUUUUUGGAUGUUUCAUCACCAUGGAGCGCUGGUCUGAUCUUUGGCUUUGCCACGGAAUCGCCACCUACUUGACUGGUCUCUACACCAAGAAGUGCUUUGGAGACAACGAGUAUCUUGACUACAUUCAUUUGGAAAUGCAAGAUAUUGUUAAGUAUGAACAAGAAAUGGGAGGCAUUGUUCUUGAUCCAUCCCAGGCUCCAGCACCUUUGCCCACUACCCAAGACACUGAGAACUCUCUAAGUGGACACCACCAUCACCACCACCACAAGCAUGGAAAGUCUCAUGGGGGCCCACAGGCAAACUCUCCAGUUUUCCAGUUUCCAAUUGGCAGUGUUCACACACUCAGUCCAAAGUAUUUUGAAAUUAUGCGAAAAAAGUCGCAUUUGAUUAUCAGGAUGCUGGAGCAGCGCAUUGGUCAUGAGCUUCUAUUGCAGGUAUUCAACAAACAGCUGGUUUUGGCUACAACUGCAAGCCAGCAAAAGAUGUACAACAUAUCGUCGGUGAACGCAUGGAGCCACAUGACUAUCUCUACCACUGUUUUUGCUAAAGCAGUCUUCACUGUCUCUGGCAAAGACAUGGAGAGCUUUAUUGACAGUUGGGUUCGCACACAAGGCCACGCGCACUUCAGCUUGCAGUUUGUUUUCAACAGAAAAAGGAAUACUGUGGAACUGGAGAUUCGACAGGAGAAGGUUGGAAACAGUGGCAUUCGUCGCUACAUGGGCCCACUCGUUGUCGCUUUACAAGAGCUGGAUGGCACAUUCAAGCACACCCUGCAAAUUGAAGGGAACGUUGCAAGGGCUGAUUUGACGUGUCAUUCAAAAUCCAGGAGGAACAAGAAAAAGAAGAUCCCUCUUUGUACUGGCGAGGAGGUAGAUAUGGAUCUCUCUGCCAUGGAUCCUGAGUCACCAGUCCUCUGGGUACGCAUCGACCCUGAGAUGACUCUGAUAAGGGCAAACAAGGUGCAGCAGCCUGAUUACAUGUGGCAGUACCAGUUGAGGCAUGAAAGGGAUGUCACUGCUCAGUCAGAGGCGAUUGUCGCUCUCGAGAUGUACGCAACUCCUGCCUGUCGACUCGCCCUUACCGACACAAUUGAAAACGAGCAAACUUACAUCAGAGUUCGCCUGAGAGCUGCUCACUGCCUCACCAAAAUUGCAAACGCAAUGGUCAGCAGUUGGGCUGGGCCUCCUGCAAUGCUCGCCAUUUUCAGGAAACUGUUUGGCUCAUUUUCCUGCCCGCAUGUUGUCAGACAGAAUGACUUCACCAAUUUGCAACUGUAUUUCCUGCAGAAGACAAUACCAGUGGCAAUGGCUGGUCUGCGAAAUGCUCACGGCAUUUGCCCUCCUGAGGUCAUUAGGUUUUUGUUGGACCUCUUCAGAUUCAACGACAACUCCAAAAACAGAUUUUCUGAUAAUUACUACAGAGCUGCUCUGGUUGAAGCCCUUGGAGCAACAAUCACGCCUACAGUGUCCAUGCUUACUUCCAAAUCUGGUGGCAUAACAUCUGAAAGUUUGACUGGAGAAACCAAAUUGGUGGUCGAGGAAAUAACUAGGUGUCUCAAUCUGGAAAAACUGCUGCCUUGCUACAAGAUGCAAGUGACAGUUGCUUGCUUGGGAGCGAUCCGAAAGUUGCAAAAGUUUGGUCACAUCCCAAGCUCUCCAGCUAUCUUCCGCUCAUACGCCUCAUAUGGCCAGUGCCAGGACGUUCGACUCGCUGGUUUGAGAGCGCUUAUUGACUACCAGAGAGUUGAUGGGACCGCUGAAGACCUGGAGUUCUUGCUGGACAUUGCUGAAAACGACCAAGAGCCCAGGAUUAGGCAUGAGGUGGUGAGAAUGCUGAUCGACACGCCACCUUUUGAGCUUGCCUCUGGAAGCUCUGUAGACGCGCCUGCUCUUGCAUCAAGGUUGUGGAACAAUAUCAACCAAAACUUGCAUUUUGACUCCAAAUUGAGAUGUGACUUUGUUGAUUUGUACUAUGCACUGUAUGGUAUGAGGCGGCCACUGUGCUACACUGAAAACUUUGCCCUCAGUAAACUGGCAACGAAAAGAGAAGCUGAGGGAGAUUUAGCACCAGAUGGAGAUAUUAAAAGAGCCAGAUUGUCUCCAGUUCUAAUGGAAGAAAAUCAAAUAGUGGAAUGCGUGACUGUGGAAAUAGAAGCUAAAGACCAGCCGCAAAUCCCACCACCUAAGAUUGACAGCAAUUACUUCUCUGACAACUCUCAGUCACUGCCAGGAAUGUCUGGCAACUCUCAAGGUCCAACUGGAUUUUUGCCAGGAAUGUUUAAAGAGGAAGGCUCUGGUGAUAAGCACGGGAAGGAAGACAGCAAGUCCAGCAAGAGCAAGAAAAAAAAGAAGGACAAGAAAAAACACAAGCACAAGCAUAAGCAUCACAAGCACAAGAGCAAAGAUGCUAGUCGUGAAGGGAAACACUCCAGGCCCGACUCCCCAUCCACUCCUUCGAACACUAAAGAUGAGACCCUGAGCUCUGGCAGUUCUUCCCCUUCUCAGGCAUCACAGGAUGUCACUUUUUAAGCCGCAAAGUACUCGUUGAUUUUGCUGGGAAGACCUCCAAAAUCAACAGUGCCGACGGCCAAAGCCGCCGCACAGGACAACAAAAAUACCGUGGCGCUGAGCAGACGCAUUUUUGUCUUUUGACCUAUUAUCGCCUGAUGCUGUUCUAUUUAUAUAUUUCUCAUAUGUAUAGUAGCUCAUCCUGAUAAGAUUAUUUCCAUCAGUUUUUGUUAUUCUCUUUGCAAUCUUGAAACAGUAAUCCUAUCUAUGCCAUUUGCUUGUUAGAUUAACCAAUUUCUCAACGCUCAAUUUUUAUCUUCAGAAGUGAUAUUUUUUAAUAAAAAUUGAAACAACAGCCACAAAAUAUUAACAGAGUAAUUUAUUCUCCGCUCUCAUCAGAUCCAACUUCCGAACUCUCCUCCUGGGCAUCCCGCUUUCUUCUCUCUGACGUGGUUUUAGUCUCAAUACCGAGUGAUUUGCAUUUUGUGUCGUCAGUGUGUACUGAAGUAACAAUCUCGCAAACAAGAUUGUUCCUGCACUUCUCGUUGCAACCUUUUUCCAUUGAGGUGUCGCCCAACUUUACAUAAUACCUAAAAAUUCACCAACGACCACGUGAAUAAUUGCUUCAAAUUUAAAUUGAAUUUAGCGUCAACGUUAAAAUUAUAAUUUUAUAAAGUCAUCAAGAGGUUACUAACCCGUAAUAUUUAUUCUGCAAAUCGACGUCCUUAACCAUUUUCUGGACUAAAUCAUCAAGGUCCUUGGGGUGGAGUGACGUCACACCGAACGCUUCUUUGAAACUGUACAAUUUCUUCCAGCUUGGCGGAACCUCGGGUCCUGCCAGGUUGGCCUCGGUCAGAUUGUAGUACCAUGUUUCGUGGUCAAGUACUCUCUGAAAUCAAGUUUCCGUCAGACUGCGAAAUAUUUUCUUUUUGGGAUUACUUACAAACGUUGAACCUUCUCUGAUGCCGUCAAUUGUGUAAAUUCUGUAGUUAGGGUUGACAUCAGCGUAGGCCGUCGCGCCUCCACCAAUAAAUGCCACACUCGUCGCUCUGGCAGGGUUUUCUAGGUCGUAGUACACGUUGAAGUGGUCAUUAUGCGUGUGCCCGUGGAAUUGGGCGACCACUGUGUGCUCAAAUCUGAUUUAAUUUCACAACGUUCAAACUUAAUUACUUGAACUAUUUGGCAAAGAGCAUUUGUAUUUUUAACGUUAACAAUAUUUUACCACAGGCAAGCAAAAAAUUACUUGAAACUUAAUUAUAUUACUUUUAAAAUCAAAAUUUUGCAUAAUUCAAAUGAACCUGUGAAUGAUUUUCCUGUACUCUUUGCUCCAUAUAUCCCAACAACUGCCGGAUCCGGAAGGUAUGUGAGCCAAAAUGUGAACUUUCUUGUUAGCCUUCUCCGCUUCCAGAAGUUGCUCUGCAAGCCAUUGCAGUUGGCCUGUAGGAUCUUUGUUGUCGUACAGGAGCCACCUAGGUCAAAGGUUUUCUUUGGCUUCUCGUUUACCAUACAAGCUUCAAUUACCAGUUCAAGUGAUAACAAUAAUUGUUAUUGAUGGCAAUGAUGACAAGGCCGGGCUUGAUUUCAUAUUUGUAAAAUCCGCCCUUUUUUAUCGACUCUCUCGAUUCAAGAGUCAAGUCAGGAAGCCACAUCUCAACAGCGAGUUCGUACACCCAGUUUGAAGAUAUUUCUUCAGGGAUUUCAGGAUGUUGACCAGAGAACCUAACAAUAAAUUCUUGAACUGUCAUUUCUCCCUAAUUGGAUACCCUUACACAUUGACCGGGUGGGCUUCAUGGUUACCUAUGAUGGGCAGAAUGGGAAUGCUGAAUGUUUGCUUCAGCUCGGCCAUCACCGUCUUGAUCACUUCAAUGUUCUUCUCCUUGCUUGUUGCCCAAAGGAAGUGAUCGACAAUGUCACCAGUGAAAAUCACAUAGUCAAGAUUCUUAAAGUGAAAAAUUUAACGUCAAUCCUAAACUUGGUUUAUAUGCAAUCAUCGUGUACUGGUUGUUGCGUUGCUGCGUGUUUGAUGAUGUCUUUGAAGGCAUGCAUUGGCGUGUCGCAGUUUCUGUAGUCGCCCCAAUAGCCAGCCUUGUCACUUUCCUCCUUUGGCUCUCCCUGAUCUUUGUGACAGCACAUCGGUUCAUCGCACUGAGCGUUGGAACCAGGGCUGUAUAGUGGAUCGACGUGCAGGUCUGUAAGUUGCAACACUCUGAGCGUCGGCGCGUCCUCCUAAAAUAUUACGAUCAUAUUUACAUAAAUAUAUUAAUAAUUUUCCUUCACUGACUAGCUUCUCGCUAUAUUUUACAUGAAUAUUAAAAUAAUUUCCUCUCUCUGUGCAAUAUUAAUUUUCAUUAUAUUCAUUACGAAAAUGAGGUUAAUGGUAAAAUUCAGUUUAAACUGUUUCCGCAAAAAAAUCAACUAUUUGCCGCUUCUUCUGAAAUCGUUCUUGACUUCUGUUUUGACAUAACGCCAAAAAAUCAAAUUACGCUUGCGUAAAUAUACCUUUGGAAAGCCUCCCAAUCAAAAAUGUACUUACUGGUACUGGAGGUUCUUCUGAAAGUUCAGGCUUUGCUCCGGUGAAUUCAAAAUCUAAAGCCCAUGUGUACUGAGGCCCUUUUAAUGGACAUUGUGGGAAAAGUGCAAAUCCGCAAGCACCCUCUGCCGUAAUCGGAUCGUCUGUUUCCUUUUUCUUUUUGACCAUCCAAAUGAGCAUAUCCUACCAAUAUCCAGCGUAAAAUUAUUAUCACCGUAGAAACAAAACAAAAAUUUGGAUUACUGCGUGUGCCUCCGCAAUUCCUCUGCAGAUAUGCUCCUUUUGUAGGUCCAUUGUGACGCAAAAUGUGACAACUCGUUCGACCAAUUCUUCUUUACUCACGCCAUCAUUGAUCCAGGUCAAAAUGGUGUUGGAUGCCAGGUAGCACAUGCUGCAACUCAACUGAAUAUUUUUCCAAUGAGAAUAUACAUUCACAUGAAACUACAGCCUACCAUCAUGGGAAUCAAGGGGGCCAUUUUUAAUGGACCAAUAUAGCGCCUGAUUGAUUUCAAUUAGUAUGGGCUGCAGAAUUGCUGCCCACGGUGGCAGUAUACUGACUGUGUAACUUUGUCGUUCCCAUGGGCAGCUUUUUUACCGAGUUUCCUGCCGUGACGCUAGCCCUAGUCCCUGGUACCAACAGUUUUCAAUAUUUACGAGUUUUCAAAACAUUACAGACCGCACGCUAAACUGACAAUUUCAGACGAUAUAGUAGUUAACACGCGAUUGUUUUUUAAGAUAUUGCUGACUGUGUUAGUGGCACGAACCUUAAAAAAUUCAACAAGGUCGCUUGUCUGUUUACUGUGAAGACGAUUAAGCAUUCUUAGGAAUAGAAAACUAUUACAAACAGUCAGUGCGUUUUCACAACCAGAAAGGCUUUUUCCCUUGUCACCGCUAAGACUUCCAAUAAUUUUUCCACUGGUAUAGGUUUCACAAUGUCUUCUUCCAUUAGCAAAAAAUAAUUUAUUAUGCUUCUUUGUAUCAUUCAAAUUUGUGAGAAUUUUAAAUUAGAUUUUAAACUAUUUAAUACUCACUAUUCCUUCAUACUCAGCGUCACUUGGUUCCUCCUUGCCAGGUUCUGCUCUCUGUAGUCCAGUUUUUGUCCUUAUGAAUCCCCUAAUUUUUGCGCUAUACUCAAUGGUAUUAACAAGGCCGUCGUAGUAGUAGAAAUUCUUGCCCUGAGAAAUUGCCGCAUUUUGUAGGUAUCUGUUUCGGGACAAACCGUAUCCAAAUACUCGUUCAAAUAAGAAAAAGCAAAACAGUAAAAGUGAAAUAUCCAUUUCUACUGCCCAUCCGUGAGUGUCAACGGCCCUCCUUUGUCGACCUUAUUUAUUCAGCGGUAUCAGGGUCUGUAAUUAGCAUAAGCGAGGCCUAAUGAUAACGUUGAGCGUUUUCUUUUUUUUUUAAUUUCAAGUUAACUAUAAAUGGAUAAUUUAAAAAAUGAGGAAUUCUUUAAGCAGCUGCGACUUGCCUUUAAUUACCGUGAUAACUAUAAACAUGAACGGCAUUUUUAUCAGUUCACUGCCCAGACCAAACUUGCAAUUAAUUUCUUUGCAACCUGCUUAAUGCAUAACUUUAGAAUCGUUUAAACUAAUUCUUAAUAAUAAUAUUUUUCAACACUUCUCAUCUCUAGUAAUUCUAAAACGGUGGGAACUAAGUUUCUAUAAUUUAAAUAAAGAUAAAUUAUUAUUUUUGCACAUGAUGCAGGUAAUCAAUUUUUUAAUUGCCAAAACAGUUAUACAUGAUAUUAUUGCGGCGGCCAUAAUUCCUCGCAUUUCCUCAAGUCACCCUCCAACGUUUCGACCAUCCUGCAAAUAUAUCCUCGUUGGCAAGCUUCAUCACAAACACCUAAGCUUGGGUCAGCCAUUGACGCGUGGAAUCUGUAAUUUACGUUAAACUUAAUAUGAAUACGAGAGUUACAGAUAUUAGCUAUUUUAGAUUGAAAUAAUAAACAAUCUGAAAUUUUAAAUAUUUUCAUCACUGUUCGUUGUAGUUACUGUAAUUCUUAAUACCGGUGAUAUUUUUCUAUCAGGGUGGGGUCGCUGAUCAUUCGUUGUAUCAGUAAAUCAAGCUCUGUUGGAUUCAAUGCCUUGGUACCAAACUCUUCAUUAAAGGUGUACAGUUUGCGCCAAUUUGGCAGCACAUCUGGUCCAUUUUCAUUCGCUUCGGUCAAAUUGUAAUACCAAUUUUCGUGGUCCAAAACCCGCUGCAAAACUCAUUAAAUGAAAUUUUCGCCAACCAGAAAUUUGAGCAUACAUAUUGACUGCCAGGGUACGGUCCCUCGAUUGUGUAUACACGGUAUUCAGGGUUUUUAUCGCUAUAGGGGGUCAUGCUGCCUGAGAGGAAAGCAACUCCACUUGGUCUAGAAAGGUCCUCAGGGUCGUAAUAGACAAAGAAUUGAUCGCUGUGGCUGUGGCCGUUGAACUGGGCGGUCACUGUGCUUUCGAAUCUGCCGAUUUUCUAACGUUUAAGAAUUUAAACUGAAAUGUUUGGUAAAACCUGUCUAAAAUCUUUUUGAACUCCUUUCCCCAGGUGUUGACACAACUUCCUCCUCCAGGGGGAAUGUGUCCCAAUAUAUGGGCCUUUCGUCCUUGCGACUCAAGCGCGGUAAGCAAGUUGGCCAGCCACUUCAGUUGACCGCCAGGGUCUUCAUUUUCGUACAAAGUCCAGCUAGAAAAAUAACCAGGUGUUAGAUUGUAAAUUUCAAGUUUAGUUCUUACAAGUUGUAGUUAUAGCAAAAAUUGUUGUUAAUUCCAAUGAUCCAGAGCUCGUCACUAGCCUGCGUAGCGUAAAAUCCUCCACUAAGGAUGUCGUUGUGCGUGUCAGGAGGUAGCCAUUGCGACCACGAGUCUCUGGCCGUUUCAUAAAGCCAUCUACUAGAAACAUUAUCUGGGAUGGAAAUAUCUUGCUCAACAAACCUGAAAAAAAGAGGCGGUUAAAUAGGCACAAUUUUCAAUUAAUUAGAAUGCGCGCGUCUUACUGAUUUAGAGGAUGGGGCUCGUGGUUGCCAAAAAUCGGGUAAACUGGUACGCUAAAGACUCUGGCCAUCUCUCUGAAGGCGCUGGUGAAUAGCUCAGUGUUGUACUCUACGGAAGUUUGCCACACGACGUGAUCAGGCGUGUCCCCAGUGAAAAUGACAUAGCUUAUGUCCUUCAAAAUUAAAAUAUGAUAUUUAAUCAUCUUCAUUUCAAAAAUCCACGUGUUGAUUUAUUGAAGGGAAUAAGAACCAGGAAAUUAUACCGGAUGGGUGUCCCUGAUGUGCUCGAGCAUGUUGACAAAUGAGUGCCAUGGCGUGUCACAGUCCCUAUAGUCACCCCAGUAGCCAGAGGCUGCACUCUCGUUGGCCGGCAGACCUUGGUCAGCCCUGCAGCAGGUUGGCUCGUCGCAUUCGGCGUUGGAGCCAGGCGCGUAGAACAGGUCCAGGUGAAGGUCGCUGAUGUGCAGCACCUUGAAGGUCGGUGAACCUACCUAAAAGUUCAUCUCGUUCAUUAUGGAACUCUGCAAUUUUAUCUUUUGGUACUGGCGGGAGUUCUGGAAUCGUGAUCGGUGGUUUGGGGCCAGCUGAAGAGAUAUCUACUGUCCAGUUGAAGGCCGGAUUGUCCAAAGGACAAGAGGGGAACAUAGCCAUCCCGCAGAUAUCGGCAGCUCUGACUUCGCGAUUUGCAACAAUGAAAAGGACAAUGUCCUGUUAAAUUUAUUUAAAUUAAUUCUGUUAAUGAACAGCAUUUUGGUCGCUAACGAUAUUGCUCUCGAUCAAGCCGCGGCACACAUUCUCCUUUUGGAUGUUCAGAUCCAGGCAAAUGGUGACUGCUCUUUCGACCAAUUGCUCUCGCGUUUCUCCCGCUUCAAUCCAGCCAAGUACCUGGUUCACUAGGGUGUCGCAAAUGAGACAAGUAAUCUGAAAAAGGUCGAGUAAAAUGUUGUUUCUCAUCCAAAGCAACGCAAUCAAUCUGUGUUUUUAAAUUUCUGUAUGAAAUGUGCUGCCGCCCCAUAAAAAUAUUGAUCAAGGCUACCAUUGGCUUAGUGAUUAUUUAAUUUAAUUUUUGGGAUCUAUUCCUGGCUGCCCAAUGUCAGUUGGUUAGUUAAGUGACUCGAAAUUCUCAAAUAGCUCGUCUGGGAGGCGCCGAUUCGCCUUCUACUAGCUGGCUUUCGCACUUUUCCAGCAGCUGUAAGGGCAUAUUUUUGACGUUUAAAACCAAAGACUUUGGUGCGGGGUAGCGGAAAGAUGGCCACAUUUUAUCCGCUCGGCGAUGUUAUUGGGACUCGGUGAGCUCAUACUCUCAUCAGAUCAGGUAUAAAAAACUCAAGAUUAAUUAGGCAGAAACACAUUUAGAAAAAUCUCAUCCUGUUAAAUUCAUCUCACUGGCUCUCGUUCUUCUGGCGAGAUCAAAUCUAAAAACGACGGGUCAAACUUUGGGGAAGCUCCUUUCCACAUGGUGCGCAGACUGAUGAGGUUCAAGGCCUCUUCGAGCUUCACGCUCUUCCUGCCUGUCAGGAAGAAAUCGUCAUACUCUUGAGCGAAUUGACCAAUCUUGUCCAAAAUAUGGCCAUCAUUCGAGGCAUUGCUAGUGGACACGACCACCAGACCCAGCACACACAGCACCUGGAUCAACAUCUUUUAGAAACUGACACCUUGUGGGUCAGUUUUUAUGUGAUGCAAACAAUACAAUCAGAUAAUUAUGUACCCACACCUAUCAUGAUUGACGAUUCUUUAUUAGUGGUACACACACAUGUCAAGUCAUUAAUCAUCCGGUUAGAGUGUGAUCAUAUGAAGUUAUCUUGCACAUAGCUGGAGUGACCUUGCUUUUACAGCGAUUUUUUACAUUUUAAAAUAAUAUUAAUCACUUACAAAGAUACUAGCUACAGAUAUAAUACAGAUAUGUUCUGUGAAAAAGGAGACAAUCCUGUUAAGUAUUUGUUCAUAUGUAUUACAGAAUUGGAAAAAAUGAGCAUAUAUUUAAUUUUUUUCAAAGGUCAAGGGUACAAAUACAAUAGGACUUUUGACAUUUGAAGUUGUUGUAAUUGCGGUCCUGAUUUAAAAUUUUUAUUUUCUCUGAUUGCAGAUUAAUCAGCCUGCAUUGUACGUGGUGAAGUUAGCGGAUCGUCCAGAGUAUUAUUGUAAUUUAAUUCUUUGUAAAAUAAAGAAAUGUUUGGUUGCA